AUGAAGUGCGAUUCUACUUUGAUUCAUCAAUGGCUUACGAACGUGCCAGAUGGAUUGGAUUGCAUUCCCGAUGACCCAGUCCUGCGCAACCUCAUACCCUCCACGCUGGAUUUGAAGGAGAGAAACACAGGUAAUCGGAAAACCUCUACCUUGCUUGCUCUCGAUCAACCAUCCUUAAUAAUAGACUGCGCCCCAGGCUCGAAAACACCGGAUGUCAGACAAGGACAAGAGUCACACACCUUGUUAGAAAGGGUCCAAAGUUUAGGUCGGAGCGCUGUGAAACGGAAAGCUCACCAUGAAUUCGACCGCCAACCACGCCAUAAGACACGAGAGGAUCACUAUGAGUACAAGGGUGGCGGAACUGAACAACAGCAACAAGACUCAUCCGAUCGAACGAAGAAACGACAGAAAAAGUGCCGGAAGCAUACCCUAAAUGAUACAUUUCAUGCAGCAAAUGUAGCCCGCGAAAGAUUGACAUUGCCCGAGAAGAUGACCCUUGGCAUCUUCAGUAAGGGCAAGGCAUCAUCUCCACUCAGACUACGAGAUAGUGUACCCGACCCCAUCAAUCUGACCACGUCUUUGCUGAAGAAGCAGGACAUUACAGAACCAUCUUCACUCACGAGCAGGACAGCCACGGGAGAGAGAAGGGGAAGCGGUCAACAGCGAAGGAUACCAAAUUACAGACUUUCAGAUUCCUUCAAUUCGCUUGAACUGAAAUCAAUCAAGACUCAACAAGGAACUAUCACUGAACAUAUGAAAGGAAAGGGCAUUGACACUCCCAGUGCUCACAAGCCCCCGCAAGACUCCCCACACAAUGACAUAGUGCGAAGCCCAUCUUAUCAUAGCCCAGUCAAUACACCGGAUAGAGGGACAUACCCAGAAGAACACGUUGAACGCAAUGCCAACGUAUCCAUAUCUCCUACACCACACACUUGGUCAGAAACUGAUCCUGAAAAGACAAAACGCGAAUACUCAAUACAUGGUACUCUGCUGAAAUCACUCUUUGUGGGCCUCUCAAGAUAUGGAAUACAGGACCCCUGUCCAAAAUUGGAUCAUGAAAAGACCUAUUGCAGCUUGGACGACCUGAAAUGGUUGUUGGAAACCCGAAAAGCGUCUUGGCUCUCUAGAACGAAUGAGAAUCACCAGGACAUAUUAAGGUCACCAGGAAUCACCUCACAGCAGGGUAUCCGAGUCAAUACCAAUCUAUCAGUGGCGGGAAACAAGAGCUCUGGACAAAACACUCCUACUCGAGGUCCCGCGAAUCCAGAAAUGAUCCAGAGGAUGGAGCUAUCCUUUCCCAAUCUGGUCAUCCCAGCAGAAAGGAAAUCCUCAUCGGUGAUUUCUCAGAAUGAACAUGGAAAGCCCGAGUCAACUCCGGAUUCAAGUCAGGAUUUGCAGCCACUGCAGGAUAUCAUUGACCCUGCCGGCACUUCCAAAGACAUCAAUGAUCCUGCCCCUCUCACAAAACCCUCGCUGGAUGAGACAAACUGGGUAGCGAUUUUGAGCCCGCAAAUUCAACGUGAGCCAUCGGGGAGCCCCUCCGUUGCUGACUCGCUGGGGUCAUGUUUACGCGAAUGGGUGGUAGCUGGAGAAUCCGCUUUACAAGUCAACAGACACGAAAGGGCCCCAGAUGAUUCCAAUCUACCCCAAUAUUCCGAGGAGCACGGCAUCAAAGACCAGAGCAAGCCAAUACAUAACGGCUUACAUCCCGAUACCGCGCAUGUUACAAACGACACGUUCCUCCCUGUUAAUUUUUGGCGUCCUAACAAGCUGUAUUGA